UGUGUUCUAGUUUCCUAGUUUUUAGUUUCAUGUUCAGGGUUUUUUUGGGGGGGGGGGUGAGUUUAUUUUAUGAAGAACUUAUCCAGCGAUAAAGCUGCCACUUUAAGUUUACAUUCUGUGUAUGAGUCGUGCGUUUGGGUCCUUCAUCCUGCCACACUCAUGACAGAUACUGCCCAGGACUCUCAAGCUCCCAGGCCUCUGGUAGAGGACCCGAGCAAAGAUAAACAAAAACUGUCCAAACAUCCAUAAUAUACAUUUGGCAAUGACAAUAAAGAUAUAUUCAAUUUUAUUCUCUACAGGUAUUUUUCAAACAGGGAUUUCAUUUUGAAAAAUAACUCCAUCAAUAUUAAAAAGCCGAAAAUCAUCAAGCACUGGAAAGAGCAUGCUAAUGAAACAGGUGGCAUUGUAUCCCUAACCAUGAAGAAAUGUUGUCCAAUCAGAAGCCCACAAACAUCAACUUAGUCUGACAUCAAAAAAAGGUGAUAAAGACGCACGCCAUUCACAUUGUGACACAAAAUCUGUUUUCUUCAGUCACUCUCCACCAUUGCACUAUAAUUAUGCUAUAUGUUGUCAUGCCUGUUCUCUAAUACUGUCAAUAUAGCUGUUUCAAUUCUGCUUCUGCGUCUGACAUGUAAAUACAGAAACAGAAUUUUCAAGAUUCUUCAGCCUGGCACAAGUUUUUCAAAGCUCCAUUUUCACUGAUCCAAAAAUGCUGUUUACGUGCGUAUGAAAGCAAAACACACCAAAAUACCCACGAACGUGUGGACUUUGCCAUGAACAGAUGAGUCUCUGGGCACACCUGAUAGCUCCUUAUCUCCUUUUAGGGGCCUCGAGUGGACAUUGGUGGAAUAGCCGCUUGCCCACACCCCACAGUUUUUAGCCUUCAUCCAGUUCAGGGUCGCAGAAAGCUCGUGGACAAGUCACGAGGCUGUUUAUUGUCCAUAAAAGACAAACUUUGGCUUUAUGUUUUACUCCACCUGCAUCUGCAGUGUGUCUUGUCCCAGCAGCGGGGUCGCCCAUAGUUUGAGAACCACUGCUAGAGUAUACAACGAUUGCGUGCAAACUGAUGUUCGUUUAUAUUUUUGUGUCAUUUAUAUUUCAUACAUUUAUUCUCUUUGGAUGUUUAACGGCGUGAUGAUGUUGUAUUUACUGUAUUAUACAAACACAGUGUUAAAGAGAAAUUCGCUAAUUGUACAUUAAGGAAUAUUUAAACAGGCGUUAAAAAAACAUCCCACUCUCACGACAGAUUCUCGCCAUGUGGAGUUCUUCUUUUAAGCGCCACAGUUUUCUUUAAACAAAGUCAAAAACACCGAGUUUGGAUGUGUUGCUGCUUCCUGUGGGCCGGUGCAAACCCAAUAUUACCGCGUGGCACUUAGAGACAAAAAACACCCAGGUUGGCUCGAGGAGGGUCCUCCCUCCGGGUCAGAUUUCCAGAGGAGUGCGACCCCCUGAACCGUUCACGCACGUCCUGUUUGUGCUCAGCCUGCGCACAUGCGCUGAUCUGCACACCCCGCAGCUGCGCACAUCCAGCGGCUGAAGCCCAUCCGCAUGGCUCACAGAUCCGAGCCGUCCCCCUUUCCCCUCCCCCCACCUCAGCAUCCUUUCCCAGCAGCAGGAGAAAAAAAGCGGAGACGCUCAACAAGCAAAAGUUUUCCUCUGACUCUGGAAAAGAGGAGUCAACAUGGAGGAAAAGGAGCUGCUAGUGUGACCCCACGGAGAGACUCCCGACCCCCGUGGAAGAAUGAUAACUUAGCCAGCAUUUUGGGAGGCGGCUUUUUUCCUCUGUGUGUGUGUGUGUGAGUGUGUGAAGUAAACUGUGGGAAAGUUUGAAGCUGGGGGGGAGCUGGCUAUGGCGCGGCACAGCGAGGAGGACGCCGGGAUGGCCAAAGCUCCGCCAGCCGCACGGCAAAGAAAAAAGAAACCCAAAGAGAACAAAACCAGGACUGUCCACGCAAACAUCCUGCACGACUGCGCCAAAGGGGAGGAAAACCCCAACCGACACUAUGCAAACAACAAGAUUAAGACGACCAAAUACACAGUGCUGUCAUUCCUGCCAAAGAACCUCUUCGAACAGUUCCACAGGUUCGCCAAUGUUUACUUCGUCUUCAUCGCUCUGCUCAACUUUGUUCCGGUUGUCAACGCGUUCCAGCCCGAGCUCGCUCUGGCUCCCGUGGUCUUCAUCCUGUCCGUGACCGCCAUCAAAGACCUGUGGGAAGACUACAGGAGACACAGGUCCGAUAAAGAGAUCAACCACAUGGACUGUCUGGUCUACAGCAGAGCAGAGAGACGCUAUGUGGAGAAGUACUGGAAGGAGGUGCGGGUGGGAGACUUCAUCAGGCUGCGAUGCAACGAGCUCCUCCCCGCCGACGUGCUGCUGCUGAGCUCCAGCGACCCCGACCGCCUGUGCCACAUCGAGACCGCCACGCUGGAUGGAGAGACCAACCUGAAGCAGAGGCAGGUGGUCCGCAGCUUCUACGACCUGGACUGCGAGUUUGACCCCUUAAAGUACAACAGCAUCAUCGAAUGUGAAAAGCCCAACAAUGACCUGAACAGAUUCAGAGGCUACAUCGUGUGCAAAUUUUCAAAUUUUGAUGGAUCGCCUCUGAGAUCUUCUCAGAUUUCUCAGCUACAAGUUAUAAAAGCAAAGACGCUGACUGCUACUUCUCUGGAUUUCGGCUCUAUGAGUUAUAAAGUGUUGUUGGAGUUCAUGGCUCUUUAUUCUAAUUUGAUUCAAAUCCAUCGAAGCGGCAGGAGAGACGCACUUUACAAAGAGAACCUGCUGCUGCGAGGCUGCACCAUCCGCAACACAGAGGAGGCCGUGGGAAUUGUCAUCUAUGCAGGUCACGAGACCAAAGCCAUGCUGAACAACAACGGUCCACGUUACAAGCGCAGUAAACUGGAGAGGCAGAUGAAUGUAGACGUGUUCUGGUGUGUCAUCAUCCUGCUGGUCAUGUGCCUGUUUGCUGCUGUUGGUCACGGGCUGUGGAUGUUUCAGUAUGGCGAUAACAGACCCGUGUUUGACGUUCUCAGCCCAGAGGGGACCAACUUAUCGCCCAUCAUGUCAGCCAUUUAUCUCUUCCUCACCAUGAUCAUCGUCUUUCAGGUCCUGAUACCCAUCUCCCUUUUUGUGUCAAUUGAAAUUGUCAAGAUCUGCCAAGUGUACUUCAUCCAUCAGGAUAUGGAUCUGUACGACGAGGAGACAGACUCCCACCUGCAGUGCAGAGCACUUAAUAUCACAGAGGAUCUGGGCCAGAUGCAAUAUAUCUUCUCUGACAAGACAGGAACGCUGACGGAAAAUAAGAUGGUGUUCCGGCGCUGCACUGUGGCAGGGGUGGAGUAUUCCCAUGAUGCCAACGCUCGAAGACUUGCCAUGUACCAGGAAAUGGACUCGGAGGAGGAAGAGUGCAUGUCUCACGGUGGCACCCUCCCCAGGCGGGACAGCGUGACCAGUCACCAGAGCGCCCGCGUGGUGCUGCGGUCCCAGAGUACCAAGUCCCACCGCAGGACAGGCAGCAGGGCGGAGGCCAAGAGAGCCAGCAUCCUGUCCAAGCACACGGCCUUCAGCAGCCCCAUGGAGAAAGACAUCACCCCCGACCCCAAGCUCCUGGACAAAGUCAAUGACUGCAGCAGUCAGAUGGACUUCAUGCGCUUCCACAGCCAGCCCAUGUCCCAGCUGCCCUCUGACCUCUCAGACAUCAUCGAUUUCUUCAUCGCUCUCACAAUCUGCAACACGGUGGUCGUGUCCUCCCCCAACCAGCCAAGACACAAGGUCAGGAUGAGGUUCGAGCUAAAGUCUCCAGUGAAGACCAUCGAGGACUUCAUCAAACGCUUCACCCCCAGCCGACUGACCUCCGGCUCCAACAGCAGCAGCUCCUCCAGUCUCAUCACCAACCGGUCCUCCAAUAAGGGCUGCUCCAGCCUGCUGUCCUCGCCCUCGGCAGAGAGCACGCUCACCAAGCUGCACGAGGAGCAGCCCUCGGGAGGUUUGGAGCAGGUUUUCAGCCCCAUCCCGCCGUCCUACGAUGGAAAAGCCUCCUGGAACCUCGAGGAAGGAGAGCUGCGCUACGAGGCAGAGUCGCCCGAUGAGGCUGCUCUGGUCUACGCUGCCCGGGCCUACAAGUGCUCCCUGGUCGGACGCCUCCCCGACCAGGUGAUCGUGGAGCUGCCUCACCUGGGGAAGCUGAGCUUCGAGCUGCUGCACACGCUCGGCUUCGACUCCACCAGGAAACGCAUGUCCGUGGUGGUUCGACACCCUCUGACGGAUCAGAUCACCGUCUACACUAAAGGAGCAGACUCUGUCAUCAUGGAUCUCAUCAAACCCCCCGACACAGGAAACUCCAAAGGGAAACGUCAGAAAAAGAUUGUCUGCAGGACCCAGCACUACCUGAAUCUGUACGCUGCAGAUGGACUUCGCACGCUGUGCAUAGCAAAAAAGAUUCUCAGCAAAGAGGAGUACGCCUGCUGGCUGCAGCGGCACUUGGCGGCUGAAACGGCCAUUCAGGGAAGGGAGGAGCUGCUCUUUGAGUCGGCCCUGCGGCUGGAGACGAACCUCCAUCUUCUGGGAGCGACGGGCAUUGAGGAUCGGCUGCAGGACGGCGUGCCUGAAACUAUAGCUUCCCUGCGGAAGGCGGGCCUGCAGAUAUGGGUGCUGACGGGGGAUAAACAGGAAACUGCUGUGAACAUCGCGUACGCGUGCAAGCUGCUGGACCCCGAGGAGGAGCUCCUGACACUGAACGCUGACUCUCAGGAGGCGUGCGCGCUGCUGCUGGAGGAGAGUUUACACUACAUCCAGGCCAAAUUCCUCUGCAGCCCUUCAGGCCCAACCACCAAGACCUUCAACACUAACUUCUCGCCCUUUGACAUCUACUCCUCUUCAUCUCCGUCCUCCCAGUCCACUCCCUUCCUGGUGCACCGGCUGGGCCUGGUGAUAGACGGGCGGACCUUGGCCUACGCCCUGGAUAAGAGUUUGGAGGAUAAGUUUCUGGCCGUCGCGCGGAGUUGCCGUUCUGUCCUCUGCUGCCGGUCCACGCCGCUGCAGAAGAGCAUGGUGGUCAAACUGGUGCGGAACAAGCUGAAGGUCAUGACUCUGGCCAUAGGAGAUGGGGCCAAUGACGUCAGCAUGAUCCAGGUCGCAGACGUGGGUGUGGGGAUCUCAGGACAGGAAGGCAUGCAGGCAGUGAUGGCAAGCGAUUUUGCCCUCCCACGUUUCCGGUAUCUCCAGAAGCUCCUGCUGGUACACGGGCACUGGUGCUACUCCCGCCUGGCUAACAUGAUCCUGUAUUUCUUCUACAAGAAUGCAAUGUUUGUGGCGCUCAUCUUCUGGUAUCAGUUCUACUGUGGCUUCUCAGGUUCAGCCAUGAUUGACCAGUGGUAUCUCAUCUUCUUCAACCUGAUGUUCUCUGCUUUCCCACAACUCAUUACGGGCACUCUGGACAAAGACGUGUCAGCAGAGACUCUCCAACAACUACCUCAGCUCUACGUGAACGGCCAAAACUCCGAGGAAUAUAAGCCAUAUAUGUUCUGGAUGAACAUGAUUGAUGCCUUCUACCAAAGUCUCGUCUGCUUCUUCAUUCCUUACUUUGCCUAUGCUGACUCUGACGUAGACCUGUUUACAUGGGGAACUCCCAUCACCACCCUCGCCUUAUUCACUAUCCUGCUACAUUUGGGCACCGAGACCAAAACAUGGACGUGGAUGAACUGGAUGUCGAUCGCCUUCAGUAUCGCCUUAUUCUUCACCGUGGCGCUGUGCUACAACGCCUCCUGUCCCGCCUGCUACUCGCCUUCCAACCCCUACUGGACCAUGCAGAGGCUGCUGCAGGAGCCCCUCUUCUACCUGCUGUGCUUCAUCACGCCUAUCGCUGCGCUGCUGCCUCGAUUUUUCUACAGGGCGUGUCAAGGCACGCUGUUCCCGAGCCCAGUCCAACUUGGAAGGCAGUUGGAUAAACUCCCCGCUGACAUCCGCAGGAACAUCCUCAGCCUGAGUCGGGUCAAGGUGGGGUCGCCGCUCUGCCCCAAGCUUCCCUUCCUGUCCCUCGCUAAGGCUUCGCCUAAAGGUUACAAUAAAAAGGACCGGAGGAGCGUCUCUGGCUCUAAACAGGGGCCUCUAUUACAAACAGAUGAAGCAAAGAGAAGCCCGCUGCAGCCCACAGACAGCGACAUGCACCUUUCAGAUCUCUAUACACCAGCUCCGUCAGAAGUAGACACCCUUCCAUACACCAAAGACAACCCUGCCCCGUCAGGGGAGCUGCAGACUUCUUCCGCCGCAGACUCGGAGCAUCUCAAUGAGACUAUAGAGCCGUCAGAUGUGAAUCUGUCCAGCUGUGUCACCUCCACACCUCUGCCCGCUCAGGCAGACGGCGUGCAGCUGAGCAUGCCCCCCGACGGAGCCUCGCAGUGCGUCAGAUACACGAGGAACUCAGAGGAAAGACUCAAAUCUGAGCACGCCGUCAGUCCGGCACACAGGACAGAGCCGCCGACAGAACGGCCGCUGCAGGCCGCCUCCUUCAGUCUUAACUAGAAAUCCAAUUGCACAAUAGUUUUGUUUUUUUUAAAGAUCUAAUUAUAUUUUUCAAGCAGAUUCUUUUAUGAAACAUGCAAAGAGGUACUUUAUAUUUUGGAUGUAAAUCUAAAGCAGAGAUAUUUUUGCCUUUUGGGAGAUUUAUUUGUCUGAUACUGGGAAACUUAAAGUUCACACAGAAACAUCUCAGUACUCCGUCAGGUCUUAAUGAAAUGAAGAGCAGAGAGAUUCCACCGUGAUAUGGUACCCAGUUCGUUCUUUCAGCUUGGCCUGUAAAUGCACCAAGACCUGGAUCGGAGGCGCCCGUGGCCUCGAAUCGGUGCUGAUGAGGAAAGAAGUUCCCGUACUUUACUUAUACUUUACGUCCACGCAGAAGCAUAUUUCUGUGAGGACUUCCAUGCAGAUGAUACCAAAGGUUUAUAUUCACGUGCAGCAAGUUGUGGAGCUGGCUCGAUGCACAUUUUCUUCUUGUUGCUGGAUCGGGAAACAUAGAAGUCUGUUUCUAGCUGUUCUCUUGCACAGUAAAUUCUUCUGAAUAAUAAUUAUUAGAGCUGUUGGCUGUAAAGUUAUUUGUGCAUUAUGACCAAGAAAUCGUCAUUUCAGUCUUUAUGCACUAAGAAUCCACCAGGAAUUAUGCUCUCUGUGUGUGUGUGUGUGUGUGUGUGUGUGUGUGUGUUUGUUUCUAUGAGGUUAAGACUUGGUUUGAAAUGGUUAGCGUUAGGAUUAUGUUCAGAUUAGGGUUGGGGUUAGACGUUUAGCUGGGCCGUGGAAUACGCUACGUCCUCGCAAAAGCAAAACUUUUAUAUACACGUGUGUGUGUCUGUGUGUGUGUGUGUGUGUGUGUGUGUGUGUGUGUGUGUGUGUGUGUGUUUAUCCAACAACUCAUUGGAUCUCUUUUAAGAGCCAGUUCCACAUAAAUGUAGAUUUGGUAACUGUUGCCAAGAGUUGAGGUCAAUUCGGUUUCCAUGACUGUCUGUCAAAUGUGAAGCUAAAGUCGGAGGCGUUAUUUUCUAAAAAUAAAUAAAUAAAUAAUAAUAAUUUUAAAAACCUGCUUUGCAGCAUCUCUAAAGCUAAUUAAUUAACAUUUCAUAACAUCUCCUUUCUUUCAUUUCUGUAAUCACCAUAUCAUAAAGAUGAUGUAUGUAUCAGUUGGUUGACAUUUCACAUUGCUAGCGGUUAGCUGCUUCUGUCUUCACCUUCAUGUACUGAACCCGUCACUUGUCCUAACGGCGCUACACCAAGCAUCCAGCAACAAGUCAGCCUCCACCCGAGUGGAAACCCUCCUCUGUGUGUCUGUGCAGAUGUUUUGCAGAUGUCUUCUCAUCUGCAUCCUUUACAGUUUUACUAGGAAGCACUUUAAAAACCCCAUUUUGCUUUUAGCUUUUCAGUUUUUAAACACCAUGUUUACAGUGGUGGAUAUUUUUACCUUAAGCUGUUUCUCUCUGCUCUUCGACUUUAUACACAGCUAAGCUAACUCUAUCAUAAGAAGCAGGAUUUUUGCUACCAUAAGCUUUUUUUGUCUUGUUUUUUUUUUAGUCUGACUUUUAUCAUGUUUGAUCUUUGGCCCUGUGCGAGUAACAGAGUAGCAUUUAACUAAAUGCAAUCUUAAAACUGGAAUUAUUCUGACGAAGAUUUAUAUCUUCAUAAGCAACGACCGGUACUCAGAACAGGAGGUCUUGGCCUGUGCAAGUGGCCUGACUCCAAAUGAUAUCUGAUGGGCUGUGUGGCUUCAUAUUUAACACAAACAUGAGAGAGAAGGAUCAAAUUUCUUUUGUUUGUGAGGAAAAGCCAGUUGGAGGGAGCUUAUUUCACCCAGAGUAGAAACUGGGCGAUUGAUUCCCAGAAUAAGAAAAAGGGGCAUUAUUUUGAACUUUUACUCAUGAAAAGCUAGGCUAACACUGAGUGAAAUAAUAAAUACAUGAGGCUGAGCGUAACAGAGGCACCGCUUAGUCUGUGCAAGUCCCCUUUUUUCCAUUCAUGUCAUGUGUUUAGUUUAUCUGAAGCCCGUCUGAUUUUUUUUUUUCUACAGCUGUAAACAAAACCCUCGGGGUUCAGUCUGUCCCAGAUCUUAAAGAGACGGCUUUAAGUUUGCACUUUGAAAGCUUUGAGGUGCUGAGUGUCGUCGGUGCUGCUGGGAGAGCUGGAGCUUUGCACCCCUCUUACCUUUGCAGACACAGUUUGUGGUUGAGCAUUUAAAGCAGCAGCACCUUUUUAACAUUUUCUGAAGGGCGUGUCUCAUUCCAGGAUGUUUUUGUAAAAAGUUCAACUUUUGCCAAAGGUCAUCUAUAUAUUCUACGUGCCUUAACACUGGAUAAGAAAAGAAAAAUGUGCUCGUGAUGCUGAUUCUGUUUGUUUAAUGAUGACGGAGCAUAUAUUCGGAGGCUGCAGGCUCUGUGGUUUCUCUCCUGUCCUUUCGCACAUGGUGCUUGUUCCUUUGGCAUGCUGUUGUCUGCAGUCUGUUCACUUUGUUUCAGAGGUUCUGUCAUUUGGGGUGUUGCACUUUGUGUGCCAGGCUGAAGCUUGAGCGUUUCUGCGAUCCUACACACACACUGUCACACAGCGUAUCUGAGCAUAUUCGAUAUUUUUCUCUUUAUUUUUCUUUUGGUUGCUGCAUCGGCCGAAUGUGAGCUUCACUGUUUGAAUGGUUUCACUCUCAAUGCUGAUCAGCCACAGCAUUAAAACUUUUUUUUAAAACCACAAUUAUUUUGAAGCACAGUAGUUUUUGAAAAGUCAAGGAGACAUUAAGUUGUCAUGUUAAAUAGCUGCCAGGUUCAUGGGAUGUGAGAUGGGUUAUUGUUGACCGAGACCAGAAAAACAGCGAGUCGCUCCACUUUUAAAGCGAUCACUAAAUUAAUUUAGGAAGACAUGGAAGCGUUCAAGGUGUUAAACUCUGCCACUGGCAGCCGGUGAAGCCGUGCUUCUACCAAUCAGAUCUGCUUUUUAUGUUGUGGCUGAUCAGUAUAUUGAAAGGUGUUGAUCAGAGAAUUUGGGUUAAACACUGAAAAGCUGCAGCCGGUCACCAACGUAGAAAAACUGUUUUAGGUUUUUAUUAAUAUUUACCAUUUUUAUCAGUUCUUUGGCCUUUGAGCAACUGGAAAUUUUCUGUACAUGGAAACUUUUGAACAAAAUAAAAAUGAUAAUAAAGAAUUGA